AAUUCAGGAAAGUGGAAUCGCACGUCUGUCGCGAAGCACAUGGAAUGGCAUGGGGAAAUCUGUAAGUCUACUACAGUAAGGAUAGACGCCCAACGCGUUAGCUCGUCUUCACAUGCCUCCAGAUCCCAUCUACUAACAAGCUUAGAUCGUUUCUCCGCAAUUGGAAGAUCCGAUGAGGUUAUGACGGGACCAUCCGCGUAGACUUCAGAAUUAGACAUAAUGGCACCCCAGCAAAAACAACCCGAACGCCUCAAACACGUCGCCGCAAAGGCGAACUCCUCCAACCCUUCGCAACUGGGCGACCCCGUCUCCCUCAAAGCCGAAGUCUCCAAGCUCUCGCCGACGGAAGGGGAUCUCGGCGCGGCAGCGGACUCGAAAUCCAAAUCCUCUUCCACCGCCGGUACUCAGUCCGAUGGCCCAGCAGGCGCCAAGAACUCGGACGGGUCCCCCGUGCAGGACUAUGACAAGAGACGGUUAAAAGACGUCGCCAGGGAGGACCUUGAGAGCGGGAACCCAUCGCAGUUGGGGGAUCCUGUUAGUCUCAAGGCCGAGGUUACGAAGAAGGAUCCGGCGCCAGGGAGGGCCGAUGGGCAGAGGGUUGAAAAGUCGAAGCUUUGAGAUGUGUUGUUAGUCGGGGCU